CCCCCAGGACCCACCAUGGCCCCCUCCCUCUGUGCCCUCCUGCUGCUCGCCCUCCACCCAGGUGCCUGGGCGCAGCCCCCCCAGGAGGCAGCGCCCUCCUGUGGCCAGGACGUGGGCAUCCGCAAUGGCACGUUCGCCCUGUCGGACGGGUACCGCCCGGGCAGCGUCCUCACCUACUCCUGCCCCCCGGGCUUCUACGCCUACCCGCAGGGCAGCCGCGUCUGCGGGGACAACGGGCACUGGACCCCGCUGCACACCCCCUCCGGCUCCGUCCGCACCCAGCCGCUCUGCCGAGAGAUCCGCUGCCCGGCGCAACUGGCAUUUGAGAACGGCUCGUUCCAGCCACGUCGGGCGUCCUACCCCGUGGGCAGCGUCCUGACCUUCGAGUGCCUGGACGGGUACACGCUGCGGGGGCCGGCCCAGCGCGUCUGCCAGGGGAACGGGCACUGGGACGGGGGCACCCCCGCCUGCGACGAUGGAGCUGAGCACUGCCCCAACCCCGGGGUGCCGCCCGGGACGACGAAGAGCGGCAGCCGGUACCGGCUGGGCGAGCGGGUCUCCUACCGCUGCCAGGCGGGGCUGUCUCUGGUGGGCUCCGCGCAGCGCGUCUGCACCGAGGCCGGGGAGUGGUCGGGGGCCGAGCCCAGCUGUAGAGCCCCUUUCUCCUACGACCGGGUGGAGGACGUCGGGGCCCAGUUCGGAGCCUCUUUCUCCAACGUCUUGGGCCUGGCCAGCUCCUCAGCCUCCUCCAGCCUCAACGCCUCCAUCAUAAAGCCACCAACGUUCCUGGGCCGCAGGCUCAUUCUUAGUGAGAACAGCUUCGUUAACAUCUACCUGCUGGUGGACUCCUCCAGGAGCGUCAACAACGAAAGCUUCCAGAUCUUCAAGGAGUGGGUGGAGAACAUUGUGGCCCGGAUUGACAGCUUUGAAGUAGCGUCCAGCUUUGCUGUGAUCUCCUACGCCACCAAGCCCAAGAAAAUUGUUUCCAUUUAUGAUCCUGAAGCUUCUGAUGCGACUGAAGUUAUUAAAAAGACAAAGACGGGGAUGAAUUUUCAAGACCAUGGCAACGGGACUGGGACCAACACCCGAGCAGCGCUGCUGGAGGUGUAUAACAUGAUCCUGUUCCAGAAGGAGUCCUUCAAACGGGAUGGCAAGCCGGAUGCAUGGAAGGAAAUCCGGCACGCCAUCAUUGUGCUGACAGAUGGCAAAUACAACAUGGGAGGAUCCCCCAAGGAUGCGGUAGCCAAGAUAGAAGAUGUUCUAGAGAUCAAGCCAGACAGGAAAGACUACCUAGAUAUCUAUGCCUUUGGGAUUGGGACACAGGAGGUGGACUGGGCGGGCCUUAAUGAGAUCGCUUCCAAGAAGGAAGGGGAGAGACAUGCCUUCAUGAUGGAGUCCAGCCAGAAUCUCAAGGCUGCGUUCGAGGAUGUCCUGGACCCCACAAAUAUCCAGAAUCUCUGCGGGCUGGGGAACGAUUCACAGACCGCCACGCACCAGCAGCAGAACCCCUGGCACGUGCUCAUCAAGGGGACGACAGGCGCAUCGUGCCGGGGGUCCCUGGUUUCUGACUCGUGGGUCCUGACGGCCGCACACUGCUUCAACCAGGUGACAGACACGUCCCUCUGGAGAGUGCAAGUGGGCUGUGAGGGGCGGCCGUGGGGCCGGGCCAGUGUCCGGAGGGGCGUCCGGGCUGGGGGCUGUGUCACGGAGUGUGGGGGAUUCAGGCCCUGCACCCCCGGGCUCCCUGCGAUUCCCCAGGACUCUCAGCAGCCAGUAAAGCAGAAGGUUUAUUUAGACGACAGGAGCACAGGCCAGGACAGGGUCUUGCAGGCCCAGAUAACAGGAUCCCCCCGGUUAGGUCCAUCUUGGGGCCCCAGGAGCCCCACAGCCCCCUCGGGGAUCAGAGCCCUCUCCCCCUGCUUCCCCUCUAUCCCCAGCCAGCUCCAGUAUGACCAGUCCCACUUCGUCCCAGGCUGUGAGGGGCAGCCGUGGGGCCGGGCCGGGCCUCAGGCUGUGUGUGUGGCAGAGCGGACGGAUAUCCCCAUCAAGAGGAGGAUCGACCACCCGCGGUACAACGUCACGGCCAAGGCCAGCCAGGGCAUCACCGAGUUCUACGACUACGACGUGUCGCUCGUCGAGCUGCAGCACGCCGUGCAGUUCUCCGGGCGGGUCCGACCCAUCUGCCUGCCCUGCACGGUGCGAGCGAACCGAGCUCUGAAGAAGCCCCAGCGGGCGACGUGCAAGGAUCACGAGCUGGAGCUGCUGGGGCUGGAGCGGGUCCCCGCCCACUUCGUCUCCCUGGCCAAGGAGAGGUUAAACGUGCAAAUCAAGAACAACAAGUCGCGCCCUUCGUGCAUCGCUGGCGCCGUCCAGCCCGGCAUGAUCUACGCCAACGUGUCGGACGUGUCGCAGGUGGUGACCGACCGGUUCCUCUGCUCCGGGCAGGAGGCCAGCGGCGGCUCGGAGGAGAAGUCUACCUGCAAAGGUGAAUCUGGGGGGGGGUUGUUCCUGGAGAAGAAGAGGAGAUAUUUCCAGGUGGGCGUGGUGAGCUGGGGCACCUACAACCCCUGCCCCCACAAGGCCAAGCCGAACGACGAGGUGGAGAGGAAACCAGCCCCCCGAGGCCACGUCCCCCGCGACUUCUACGUCAGCCUCUUCCGGGUGCAGGACUGGCUGCGCCAGCACCUGGGGGGCCCGGGUGGAGAGACCUUUAUCCCAUCACCUGCCCCAGAGCCGCCCCCUCCCCGCCCCCCAGCCCCGCCCGCGGGCAGCGGGGCUCGGCCAGACCCGGCUCGGCUCAGCCCCGGACGGACGCGCGGAGCGAUGGGACCCGCAGCCCCGCUGCUCGCCUGGCUCCUGGCGCUGGGCCUCGGCGCGGCCGCCAGCGACGCCCCGAGCUGCGACCCCCAGGCGGCGCAGAUCGUGGGGGGCUCGGCCCGGCCGCAGCGCCAGGGGCAGCUGCUGGUGUAUCAGUGCCCCGAGGGGCAGUUCCCGUUCCCGGCCCCGGUCCGCGAGUGCCGCUCCGACCUCCGCUGGAGCCCGCUGCGCGCCCCCGGCGGCCGCCCCCUCGCCAGGGCCGAGUGCAGAGCGAUCCAGUGCCCGGGCCCGCUGGAGUUCGACAACGGGCACUUCCACCCCCGCCAGCCGCGCUACAACAUCAGCCAGACGCUGACCUUCGAGUGCUUCGAGGGGUACACGCUGCGGGGCCCCCCCACCCGCACCUGCCUGCCCAACGGGAAGUGGAGCGGGGGGACGGCCAUCUGCGACGACGGAGAGGGCCAGUGCCCGGACCCCGGCGUGCCCAUCGGGGCGACGAAGGACGGGCAGCACUACCGGGUGGAGGAUCGGGUCCGGUACCGCUGCGGCCGGGGGCUCGUCAUGUUCGGCUCCAAAGAACGGACCUGCCAGGAGUCCGGCGCCUGGAGCGGGACGGAGCCGGAGUGUCGAGACCCGUCCACCUACGACACCCCCGAGGAAGUGUCCUCCGCGUUCAUCGCCUCCCUCUCGGAGACCGUGGAGGUGGCUGAUCCAAACCGGACCACCUCGGAGAACGUGAAGCGGAAGAUCCGGAUCGAGGCCGGCGGGUCCAUGAACAUUUACCUGGUGAUCGACGCCUCGGACAGCGUGGGGGAGGGGAACUUCUCCCGCGCCCGCGACGUCCUGGUCCAGCUCAUCGAGAAGAUCUCCAGCUACGGGGUCUUUCCCCGCUACGGGAUCCUGACCUUCGCCACCAACCCCCACGUCGUGGUGAGCACCACGAACCCCCAGAGCAGCGACGCCAACUGGGUCACCACCCAGCUGGAGAACCUGAAAUACGAGACCCACGCCCUGCGCAGCGGCACCAACACCAAGGCGGCGCUGGAGGCCGUGCACAACAUGAUCAUCCAGCAGGAGCAGGAGGAGAUUCGCAAGGGCCACAAGGUGGCGCCGGUCGCCAACUCCACCCGCCACGUGCUGGUCCUCAUGACGGAUGGCAACACCAACAUGGGGGGCUCCCCAGUGCCAGUGGUGAGGCAGAUCCGGGAGCUGCUGAGCAUCGGCCGGGACAUCCGCAACCCCCGCGAGGAUUACCUGGAUAUCUACGUGUUCGGGAUCGGGGCCAUGGUGAACCACGAGAACAUCGCCGAGUUGGCCUCCAAGAAGAGCGGCGAGAAACACGUCUUCCACAUGCAGGACAUCAGGGACCUGCAGAAAGCCUUCCAUGAGAUGAUCGACGAGAGCCAGACGCUGAGCAUGUGCGGCCUGGGCUGGGAGCACGAGGAUGCCACCGACCACGAGAGAAACCCCUGGCACGUCAGCAUCAAAAUCACCCGCUCCGGGAAGGGGCAGGAGUCCUGCAAGGGGGCCCUGAUCUCCAACUACUUCGUGCUCACGGCCGCCCACUGCUUCGACAUCGACGACGAGGCCCAUUGGAUCACCGUGGACGUGGGGCCGGCGAGCAAGGCGAAGCAGGUGGAGAAGCUGUGGAGUCACCCCGAGUACAACGUCGGGAAGCUGCGGGGGGCCGGGAUCCCCGAGUUCUACGACUACGACGUGGCGCUGCUGAAACUCGCCACCAAGGUCGACUUCUCCUCCAACGCCCGGCCCAUCUGCCUGCCCUGCACCGAGGGCACCACCCGCGCCCUGCGCAAGCCCCACCCGGAGACCAGCUGCAACGACCACAAGCGGCUGCUGCUGACGGUGGGCGAGGUCCCGGCGCUCUUCGUGCACGAGAAGAAGAAGCAGCUGGAGCGGAAACUCGUGAACAUUAAGAACGGGGUCAAGAAAUCGGCCUGCGAGGCCGACGCCAAGAGGGCCCCGAUUUACGCCAACGUGACGGACGUGAAGCAGGUGGUGACGCCCCGAUUCCUCUGCACCGGGGGGAUCGACCCCGUCGUGGACCCCAACACCUGCAAGGGCGACUCCGGGGGCCCCCUCAUCAUCGCCAAGGGCAAACGCUACGUCCAGGUGGGCGUGAUCAGCUGGGGCGUGUUCGACCUCUGCACACCCCCCAAGCGCAACGAGCCGGUCCGGAACGAGGCCCACGCCCGCGACUUCCACCUCAACCUCUUCACGGUGCUGCCCUGGCUGCGGGAGAAGCUGGCCGACGAGGAGCUGGGCUUCAUCUGAGGGGGGCCGGGGGCCCCCCCGCACGGCACCCCCCCCCCGCCCUAGAAAUAAACGGUCGCUGCCCAGCCCUGCUGCCCCGGGGCUGGGAGGCCCCUGGAAAGAGA